AUGAGCAUCAAAUCCUUGUCCUUUGCUUCUUCAUCGUUGCGUAAAGCUUCAUCAUCAUCACUGCAACAAAUUUCUUCCAUCAAAACAAAUACCAUCACGAAGAGAUUUGGUAGACAAAAAGUAGAUUCAUUCAGACAGGCUGCUGGUAUUAAUCCUCAUACAAAUUAUCCUGUUGCUACUGUGUUCGGAUGUACUGGAUUUGUGGGUAGAUAUAUUGUGGCCGCUUUAGCGGAUGCCGGUUAUCAGGUGAUUACUCCUUUCAGAAGAAGUGAGUUUGAAGUGAUGAAUCAUAGAGUCAUGGGUGAUGUUGGUCAAGUGGUUGCAAUGAGAUUUGACCUGAAGAGAUAUGACUCAAUUCUUGAUAUUUGUGCACGUUCAAACGUUGUUGUUAAUUGUAUCGGACGUGAUCAUAAGAGAAUUUUCGACAAUGUAACCAUGUACAACUCCAAUGUUGAAUCAGCAGAAAUUAUUUCUAAAGCCUGUAAAGAAACUAAUGUUGACAGGUUCAUUCAAAUGUCUUUUUUGAACGCUGAUAAAAACUCAGAGUCUGAAUAUUGGAAACAAAAGGCACUUGCUGAGGAGGCUGCCAAGUCAAACUUUGAACAAACAACAAUUGUUCGUUCGGCAAAUGCCUACGGAACUGAAGAUGGUUUCUUGAAUUUGAUUGCCAAACAAAUUAGAAUUUUCCCAAUGGUUCCUCUCACACAGAAAGGUCUCGCCAAAGUUCAACCUGUAUUUGUUGGAGAUAUUGCUCACGCUGUUGCUAGAGCAGUGUUAAAUAGUAGAACUAUUGGAAAGGUUGUUGAAUUGGCCGGUCCAAGACAAUACACUUACUCGGAACUUGUUGACAUUAUUGCCAAGAUUAUUGAUGAAGAACCAGGUGGUAAGCUCAUGAUUCCAGAAUUUAUUGGUAGUAUUGUUGGUAAAAUCAAUGAAUAUACAUGGACUCCUGGAUGGACAUCUGAUUAUCCAAUCAGAAUGAGUUUCGAUCAUGUUCUUCCAAAAGAGAAGGCUGAAAAUGUCAUUAGAUUUGAAGACUUGGGAAUGACACCAGUAUUCUUACAUGAUGCUGCAUUAGAACCACUUUUGAGAUGGCGUAGAAAGGCUGAUUAUUUCAUGGAUGUCAACUACAAGAAGCUUUAA